CUGUUCGUCGUCCCUACCAUCGUCCUCGAUGGUGUACUUGCCGCCGCCCCAAUUCGCGUCCGCUGGAGAGCAGUCGUACGCAGAGGCAUACCAGGACAUUCUCAACUCCUUCCGCUCCGCGCCGCUCAAUGCCGCCUCUUCUGUCAUCAUGCUCGUCGCGCCCGACGUUGACGCGCUUUGCGCCGCGCGCAUGCUCUCCGACCUCUUCAAGCAAGACGACGUGAUCUUCCGCAUCAUACCCGUCUCCGGCAUCAGCGAGUUAGAGCGGAUAAAGGAGGACCUGAGGGAUUACACAGAUCUUCGUUCGCUCCUACUGAUUAACAUGGGUGCUAUCUUGGACCUGCCCUCCGACGAGUGGUUUGGGUAUUUCAACCUGCAGGUCAAGGUGCAUGUCAUCGACUCCCAGCGGCCGCAGAACUUGUCCAGUCUGUUCGGCGGUGGCGAGAAUGGCGAGCGGAUCGUGAUAUGGGGCGACGUCAAGUACGAUUCGAUGGAGCCCGAGCGAGAAGCGUGGGAGGGCUUGACGUACAACCCCGAGCCCGAUUCAGACGAAGAAGACGAGGAGUCUGACUUCGAGGACGACCUGUACGCCCGGAGUGAGGACGAGGACGACGGCUACGAAGAGGAAGAGGGCCGGCCACGGAAACGCAGAUCCCUAGGCGACGGCGAUCGCAGAGGGAAGAGGAGACGAACGGAUGAUCAGCCCUCUGGCGGAUUGUCGCGCGAAAAGCGCGAAGAGUUCGCAAUGCGCAUAAACAAGCAUUAUACCGGCGGCACUUGGUACGGACAGAGUGCCUCCGGGACCAUCUACAUCCUCGCUACUGUCCUAGAACGCGUCGACCCCGAGCUAUUGUGGCUCGCCAUUCUAGGACUCACAUACCAAUACACGACGUCCCGAAUAUCGCGCGACGUCUACGACACAUACCAAUCUGUAUACUACGACGAGGUCUUCCGCCUACACCCUACCACGAACACCGCCGACACCAAGAACGCCCUCAUCUCCCUCAACCCCGACGACCAGAGCAUCCGCGUAUCAGAAGAGCUGCGAUUUAUGCUCUUUCGACACUGGACUCUAUACGACGCGAUGUUCCACUCUAGCUAUAUUGCCAGUAAACUGGGUAUAUGGAAAGAGCGGGGGAGAAAGAAGCUUACGGGUCUGUUAGCGAAGAUGGGUUUUUCCAUCUUGGAGACACAACAGCCCUUCUACCACAUGAACAUGGAGCUCAAGCGCGACCUUGUCGACCGUCUCGAGGCUACCGCACCCGAGUAUGGCUUGCUAGAAUUGUCCUACCCUUCCUUCUUCCGCUGUUACGGCUACCGCCUACAUCCAUUAUCCGCCGCCGACGCCGUCGAGGGCCUCGCUGCUCUCCUCGAUGUCGCGGGAGGCGUGAAGAUGGAGGUCGAGAUUGAGGGCGCGCGUAAUGGGGGCGAGUGGUUCGGCGCGGGACGCGUGUGGGAGCUGCAUGACGAGGGGCGCGAGUAUGGCAAGCGGCGACGAGAAGACGAGAGGGAAAACAUACCUCCAGGUGGUCCGGAUGCGGCAGCGAAGAAGGCCAAUGGCGAGGAGGAGGAUGGGGAGGAUAAGGGCGUCCCGUGGUGGGUUCGAAAUUUCUGGGCCGCGUUUGACGCGUUGGGCAACAUUGACCGCCUGCACGAAGCGCUCAAGCUCACUAUGUCUCUGCAUCGCGCUAUCAUUCGACAAGGGACAUCAAUCAUCGACAAGCAGGAUAUCCGGACUAUGCGUUCCCAUCAUGUCGUUGUGCUCACGCAAGGCCCGGACCUUUCCCUGUUCGCGCAUCCGGGCGUGCUUGCACGCCUCGCCCUGUGGCUCGUCGAUGCAGUACGAGAGAAACUGCCUGCCGGCACUGGGCGUGGCAAACGGCGAAGUCUGCCCUUCGUGGUUGCGUGUCUCAACGAGACAGCGGGCACGUAUAUCGUUGUCGGCGUCACCGCAGCGUUGAGCUUCGGGGAUGUGCGGAAGAAUGAAUUCGGCCUCCAAUUUCUCGACGCCAAGGAGCGCUGCAACGCGCGGACACGGCAUAGCACGUUCGACACGAGCGUCAUCGAGAUCAACAAGGCCGACUUGAACAUCUUUUUGACGACGCUGUGCGAGGGACCUGAUUUGUAUUAGCAUUGCAUAGCUUCAUUGAAGUGCAUUAUUUAUGUAUUUACAGCAUGCGAAGGGAUGUACACUAUCCUUAUUAGAGCACAGUGCGGUUGUUGAGGUCGAGGGUUGGACGAUAUGAGUAUAUGUCGUAUAGACGCUGGUGUAGGUCUGCU